AUGGAUCCAUCUCCUUUGGCCCGACGUCGAGACCGUCGGGCUGCCCCCCGCAGCCGGACCACCACGGCAUGCGCUCGCUGCCAAAAACGAAAGAUUCGGUGCGAUGGGGUUGUUCCUGUCUGCGGCGGUUGCCAACGGGCCCGUGUGGACUGCAUUGAGGGGUGGAAUGUCCGGGACAUUUCCCGUAGUCAUGUGGAAGAGCUAGAAAUACGCAUUGAAUGGCUGGAGUCAAUCAUACAGGAGCACUUGCCACAUAUUGACCUCAGCAAGUUUGACUCUGGUCACUUGAAUCAUCCUCGGAGCUCUGAAUACGGAGUGUCUACAAAUUCUGCUACUUUCCAGACCCCUGUUCCGCAGACUGCGCAUACUAGAGAUGGCUGGAACCCAGCUCGUGACGUAACGGAUCAACUAGGUUUGGUAUCGGUCAAUGCUGGGGCAGAUCUGCGCUAUCUAGGGCCCUCUAGUGGGCUGUUCUUCACGAGAUUUGUGCUGACAGGUCUAGAGCGGCGAGCUGAGAUAACACGAGAAUCACCCCCUGCUUCGAAGAACGAUCAAUUUGUCCCUGCGGAGCUUCUCGACAUCCAACCGAAAGAUCUGCCAUCGGACUUAAAACAGGCGCGAUGGUUGACGCAGGCAUAUUUUCAGGCGGUCCAUUUACAGUUCCCGUUUCUUCACAGACCCACCCAUCUGGAACUUCUUGAGAAGGCUUACAGCGGCGUGGAUGUCACACCCAUUGAUCAUUUUCAGAUUUUCAUGGUUUUGGCUAUCGGUGCCACCAUUCGAUCUCGCCAAGCAAAAGUGCUACUUUCAGCUGAAGGCUACUGCGCCUCUGCAAUUCUCCAUUUGGAUGCCGUUUUUCAUCAAUCUUCUCUGCGCGGUGUGCAGUGCAUGCUGCUUCUACAAAUGUACACGAUCAACAACCCAACCUCGGGGAUCAGCCUUUGGACCCUCCAUUAUAACUCCCUGGCCGCCGUAAUGGAGCUCGGACUGCAUCGGAAUGCUCAGGGCUCUGCCUUCACCGAGUUCGAUCAGGAGAUGCGCACCAGGGCUUUCUGGUGCGUCUAUAUGAUGGACCGCUACUUGAGCACCUUACUCGGCAGGUCGAUAGGUUUAAUAGACGAGCAAUGCGACUUGAGGUUACCGCGAGAAAUCAACGAUGAAGCCCUGAAGCCCAACCAAGAGGUAUCGGCUCCAGCCACUGGAGCUAGAACCGAUAUGUCUAGCGCAAUCCAUCUCUUCAAGCUUGCUCGGUUCAACGCUGAGAUCAAAUGUGUGCUAUAUUGUGUCGACCGAAAUUAUCCACCAUACACGCAGCCUGCUAUAACGGACGUCAACGAAUGGCAGGAAGAUAUGCUGAACCGUCUGCGCCAGUGGAAGUCGUCCAUCCCGUGCCAUCCGCCAGAUAGCCCCGCAUGCUAUCUGAAUGACCUGCUAGAAAUUAAGUACUACGAGCUCGUGAUGCUGGUCGUACGCCCGAGUCCGCUCUUCAAUCAUCCCUCCAGAAGCCUGAUUCGGCAAUGCUUCCAUUGCGCCUUGGAAUGUAUUCGGCUCUACCGUAAGCUUUACGUGAAUAGUAUGCUGCACUAUAACUGGAUGAAUGUACAGUCGUUGUUUCUAUGCGUGGUGACGAUAUUCUAUUGCGUCUGGGCACCGGACGGGGUGGGCGACGAAACCGACCUUGAUACUGUUUUACACGCACUGAAGUCCGCGUCCGACAUUCUCAGCGCCACCGGAGAGUACUGGCUCGAAGCCAAACGAAGCCGCGAUGUGUUGGAUGGCAUCACAAGGGCUACGGUACGGCGAUUCGCGCGGAGUCUUGCGCGCGCGGGCCAGUCCUCACCAUCACAUCCAGGGGGCGACAUCCAUCGCAGCCCUGGUGAUCAAAGGAUAGCUGGAUUGAAUAGCUUGGAUACUGGAGCGUAUGCCGCUGGUAUCGGACAGGCCGAACAGGUCUUAUUUGAUCCGUACUAUGUCCCAACGCAGCAGCCCGCUGCGACAUCCGAGCUCCUGUCGUUCUUUGCAGGGCUCCAGUCCGACACGACUUUGGACUGGUGGAACCUUCCGUGGGAUCUACCGGGCGGGAUGGGAGAUAUGAUGCAGAAUAUGGUCUCUGGAGGCCAGUAG